AUGAGUCCCAUGGUGGAGAGUAAGCCGGCCAUAGUGGCGGCUGUGUUGAGAGGGCUGCGUAGACAGCUGCAGCAGGACGGUGCGGUCAGCAUCAACGCCCUGGAGCCGGGCAUUACCGGCCACGACACCCAGGAGUGGGACGAAGACGGGCUCGAGCAGUUCUUCGACGAGCUGACGGGCGAACGGUUGAACUCCCGAGACGUCAGGGAAGCCAAAGUCAAGGAAAUCGAGUUCCUUCGUACUUUCCCUGUCUAUGAGAAGGUGCCAGAGGCGAUGGCCAAGGGCAAAGAGUUCAUCUCGACAAGGUGGACCAUAACCAACAAAGGGGACGUAAACGCACCAGACGUUCGAGCUAGAUUCGUCGGGCGUGAGUUCAAGUGGAAGUCGCCGGCGAUGGAGAACACAUUUGCCGCGACUCCACCGUUGGAGUCGUUGAAGUACUUGUUGUCUCGGUUCCAGUCGCGCAGGAGGGGACCGGCCAGAAGCCCAGGAGAGCGUAAGAUCUUAGUUUUGGACGUUUCUCGAGCGCAUUUUCAUCCGAAGUGCCGCCGGGAGCUGUACAUCCGGCUGCCAGAAGAGGACGCUCAGGCAGGCUUCGUGGGCAGGUUGUUGCGCACCCUGUACGGGACACGAGAUGCAGCAAACGCCUGGGACGAAUUCUUCAACGAAGCGAUCGUCAGGCGCGAGUACGAGGUGGGGCUGUCAUCACCUUGUCUGUACUACUGCGCUGCCGAGGACAGCGCUGGGUGGCGCCACGGAGACGAUCUCGUUUUCGAGGGACCUGAUGAGUGGUUAGACCGGCUCGAAGAGGGCCUCCGGAGCGUGAUGAUCCUCAAGAGACGCGCAAAGCUUGGCUGGGGCACAGCAGACGACAAGCACGUUACCAUCCUGAACAGGCUGGUGGACUUGAACGACGCGUCCCGGGUGGUUUCUCUCGAACCUGACCCACGCCAUGUUGACCUGCUUCGUGGCCUGGUUGGAUUCGACGGCCGGUCGAAAUCCGUGACGACACCUGCCGACAAGCGUUUGGAGGACAUGCACGACGAGGAGCCCCUAGGCCGAGGGCAGGCGACAGCAUUCCGAUCCGCAACAAUGAGGCUAGCUUAUCUCGCUGCGGACGUCCCGGUGUACGGAUUCAGCGCAAACCGGUUGGCGAGGUUCAUGGCUAAGCCAACAGUUGGGUCUUGGGCACGCUUGAAGAGAUGCUUGAGGUACCUACAUGGGCACGGCCGGUGGAUCCAGCAGUUCCCUUUGCAGGACCAGCCGGGCAGGAUCGACGUGUACGCCGACAGCGACUGGGCUCAGGAUCUGGAUCGUAAGAGUGUAUCUUGUGCGGUAACGAUGCACGGCAAGCAUUGCCUGCGAGUGCAGGUGGCGACCCAAACGGCCCCUGCCCUGAGUUCUGGCGAGGCGGAGUUCGUGGCCCAGGUCAAGGGCGGCUCUACCGCCAUCGGCAUGAGAUCGAUGAUCCGGGACAUGGGGGGACAGGUGUCCAUUGACCUCCACACCGACAGCACGGCAGGCAAGGGCAUCGCGUCGAGAGUGGGCUUGGGCAAGGUCCGUCAUCUCGACACGGGCUUGCUCUGGCUACAACACCACGUCAAUCGCAGAGACCUCAGGAUCAAGAAGGUGCACAAGGACGAGAACCUGGCGGACAUCGGAACGAAAGCCGUCAGCGUCACCGUGCAGGAGACUUUGAUGAAGUUGAUGAACUUCAGAGAGGCCACAGGACGGCACCCGAAGGCACUGAGGGUUGCCGGAGAAGCGGUCGAGCCAGAAGCGGGUAGCACCGUGCUGGCCGACGAGCCCGACUGAGAGCAUGCAGCUUAGUUGCCAGAAUCGAUCUGAGACCGUGGACGUUUGAGUCCAGAAUGGCAGCGGUUCCGAGUUUGGCCUUUCCUGCGAAGACAGGAUACGGCCAAGGAGGGGUGUUCGGGUUAAACCCCUGCCCCGGGAAGGAAGGUAGCAUGUAGCGUAGCAGAAGCAUCAAUCCCAUGAAGUGGGAUAGCAGUUGGGUGUAGCAUUGCAUGCAGCACACGGCCGAUCGGCAGAGAGACUGACCGGAAACGUUUUGGCUCAAGAGCGCAAGGGAG